GACACGAUACUAUGCGCAGACACUCCACGAUCCAUCAUCGUCCACCGGCCACCGCUCUGCUCCUUAAGAAACCGAGCUCCGAUCAUGGACGUUGCUCCGGCGACCGAGACCAACGGCUCCUCCUCCUCUCGCCGCCCCGCGCUCGGCGCCAAGUCGGCCUCCUUCCGCCUCCACUCCCCGAGCCUCAACUCCCUCCGCCUCCGCCGCAUCUUCGACCUCUUCGACAAGAACGGCGACGGCCUCAUCACCGCCGAGGAGCUCUCCAAGGCCCUCGCCCUCCUCGGCCUCGAAGCCGACCUCUCCGACCUCGAGUCCAUCCUCCGCUCCCACAUCAGGCCCGGGAGCGACGGCCUCCGGUUCGACGACUUCGUGACCCUCCACCGGUCCAUCGACGACGCCUUCUUCGGAGGAGACGAGGCGGAGGCCGCGGGGUCGCCGUCGCGGGAGGAGGCGGAUCUGAGCGAGGCGUUCAAGGUGUUCGACGAGGACGGCGACGGGUUCAUCAGCGCCGGGGAGCUGCAGACGGUGCUGGCCAAGCUGGGGCUGCCGGAGGGGGAGGAGAUCGGGCGGGUCAAGCAGAUGAUCAACUCCGUCGACCGGGACCACGACGGCCGUGUCGACUUCUUCGAGUUCAAGGACAUGAUGCGGAGCGUCCUGGUGAAGAGCUCGUAGGAGCGCCUUUAGAAUUCUCGGUUCUUCUUCUUCCCGUUGUAAUAAAUGCCUCCGCCUGUAAUAAUUGGCAAACGUGCCAACAGGAUGAUCGUGUCCAUGGUUACCCACGUUGGAUUCUCUUCUUGUUUUCUUAGUUCUGGUAUUUUCCAUGGGUAAUUAUAAUUCGUUCUGGUAAUAGCAAGUUCGUGCGUUGAUCAGAA